AUGAAACACUUACUUGAGCUUGCUGUAUGGAUGAAUUAUGAAGCGGUAAUUGCUGGUCAUGUGACUUUCCUGUCGUACUCAAUAAGCAAACAAAAGUCAAGACAAUAUUUUUUGUUUCAUCGUUUUGAUUGUUUAUUGGACGGAUUAUCUCAACUCUUCACCAAUUUACGUGAUUCAAUGAAGAUAUUCAAUAAAGCCAUUAAUAAAGCCAAAUCUGAAACUUAA